AUGAUGCGCCAGAUGGCGCGGACCCCGGUGCCGACGAGCACUGGGGCGGCGAGGGCCCUGGCGACGCGCUGGUGCCGCGCGCCGCGGAGGCCGACGGCCGAGCGGCAGCGGAGCCGCCGAAUCCUGGAGGAGGUGGCAGCCCGACGCUGCGCCGAGCUCGCCAACUCCAGCUACCUCUCGCUAUGGCGCCCGCUGCCGGGCGCGCGCGCGGCUGGGGCGGAGGAGAGGAGCCGCAGCUGCGGGCGUUCGACGCCCUGCUGCAGCGUGCGAGCGCCGAGGCCUUCGCAGAUCAUAGCUUCUCGCUUUCGAGGGGCGAGGCGUUGGUCGUGGACAACUACCGGGUCUUGCAUGGGCGCGCGCCAUACAGACCUUCGGAGCCUCCAGAAGCUGGUGGUAGCGAGCUGGGACACGAGAGGCGCUUCUGGAGGAUCUGGUCGUGGACGUCUGAAGGAGAGGACCGGGCUACCGCCCGAUGGCGCACGCUCCUCCAACCCCAUGAACAAGGACGUGUUCGAGGCUGCUGUAGAGGCAAAACCCAGGGCGGAGCUGUAG